GCACCCGGCACCCGCCGCAUGGCGCACGCCUGACGCCGGCUGCCGCCGGCCAUUAGUUGAGUUCUGACAGCGUCUCGGUAUGCAUGUGUCGCCUAAUUUACAAAUACUAUGAACGCGUGUUUACAUAUUGCUUAAAAGUAUAUGUGCAAUAAUUUGGAAAAUUAAAACUUCAGCUUGUUGCAAACAAUUUAGUAGAUAAGUGUUAAACAAUUAAACUGUGUUUAUGUUGUAAGGAUAUUUCAAGUGAUAUAAAUUUGUGAUGACUGAUGAAGAACAGAAAAAAACUUGUUUGAUAUUUCGGUAAUGGUGAUUUUCAUGCGUUUCUGUUUGUGGCAAUAGAUUUUAAUUGACAAAGCAAUGGCCGUAGUUAAUUUUAGCGUGUGUUUGGUGCUUAUUCUGUACCACCUCUCGUCGGCGCUUAGUGACGAAUCUUCCUCGGAAUCAUCAGAUCUCGGAUUAACUGAUCCAAAAGCUGAUAGUGAAGCUGAGGGUGUCAGAUGCUAUUGCAACACAGCACAAUGCGUGAGCACAGGAUAUAUGUGUCGAUCGCGGAAAGGUGGCGGUUGCUAUAGUGAAGUUCCACCAAGGAGACACCACGCACGGCAUGGUUGUCUUCACCAUUUAGCUGAGAAGAAACAAGAAGCGCUGUCUUACUGUCAGAAUGCUCCGUCCCAGGGUGGCCCUCCUCCCAGGGAACACUCCCUCCUCUUAUGCUGUUUCAAGGACCUCUGUAACCAUGAAGACAGCCCUUUGGCCCGAGCGCGGCUUAAUCUCACCAAUGAUUUAGAAGGCAGUGUGGCGAGUGAACGCGGUGCCUCCUAUAACGGCGAGGUUUGGUUCAAAGCCGCGACCAUUGCGGUGCCGGUUUGCGGCGCGCUCAUACUUUUUCUACUAGUCGCGGUCGCCGUGCGGCUUCUACGAGCUGAUGCAUUACUACAGGCAGAUAGGAAACUCAGGGGCGGGUACAUAUCUCCGUCGCAGCACAGCACAGACGACGUUAAGAAAGUAUGGGUGGGCAACUCGUCCGCCCCUCUUCUAGUGACACCAGGCGGCUGUCUCGUCGCGGUGGAACGAGCCCAGCUAGUCGACAUACCCCCCUGCCAACAGUUCUGUGAUAUACAACGAUAGACUGCACUCAACGAGCGAGCAAUCUCUUUAGCGCACUGUACCAUGGUCUGACGGAAUAGUGUUAGGUAAAUCUAAGGCUUUAAUGGGAAAUAUAUUACAUAUCAGUGUUACAGGUUCAACAGAAUUAGUAGUUACAUAACGUCAACGAUAGAUGGCGUUGUAGAUAUAAAAAUGUUUUGAUGUUAAAUAGAACAGUAACAUGAUUUUAUGGGAAGUUUAAAAUACAGUGGCGGAUUUACACAGUUUCCAAACAUAGACUAUAUUUUUUUUUCUCAUCUGGGUGACCAUAAAGUCAGUGUUAAGUGCCUAGUUUAUUCUAAUUUAAAUUAAACAAAAAAGUUUAUAUAUAAUUUAUAUUGAAAGGGGAGGCUGAAAUAAAUUGGUAAGAUAUCUUGAAGAUAUUUCUGUGAAGUUUCAGAAAUGUUUAAACCCAUUACAAAAUAAAUUGAUCCCUAAACUUGCGUAAUUAAAUCUGGCGUCCGAAACUCAGUCAAACAGAUUGAUGAUUAAUCCGCCACUGAUGAAAUAUAAAGUAUGUAAAUUCGUUUCAAGUUUGAAUCUUUUGAAAAUUGAUCUCAGUGUAGUGUCCGUCAUUUCACGGUACAGCGCGCACGCAUACCAAAUCUACCACAAUGUAUAUUUAACUGUUAAUAUUUUAAGCGCUUUGUGUUCCUCUUAUUUGUAAAUGUAAUCAAUUCGACUUUUAAUAUCUUGAAAUAAUUUAACGGCGACCGUAACAUAAGUUACCAAAGUUUCGAGAACAUUGUUUUGUGUGACACUUUUUUUUUUUUUUCUUAUCCUCGGCUUUCUAGGCAAUGAAAAACAUAUGAAUUCUUAUUUUAAUAACAUGUUAAAAAAUGUCAUACAAAUCAACUUCUAAUAUACUAUGGUAUAUUAAAAUGGUUUAGCUAUAAUGGUCAUAUAUUGGCUUAUUUUAAGCAUUAUUUAAUACAUUUUAAUAUGACAAAUGACAAUAUGACUUGAUAGUUUUUAUUUCUUUGCAUUUAAAACACUAAUCUGAUAUGUAAACUUUUUAAUUGUAAGUAUUGAAUACACUUCUGUUAAUUUCUUUGUAGCUGACAAUAUUGUAUUUUUGUAAAAUAUAGUUAAUAUUAAUUGUUUAUGGUUUAUAACUUUUUUUUUUUUGGAAAACACAAAUGAUUAGACAAUAUCUUGAGGUAUACAAAAUGGCCGACUGAGUAAGUUUUUAUAGUCACUAAUAAAUUGACGGCGUCUGCGUUUGUAAAUUAUUGAAUUAUGGAUAUAAUUAAAACAUAUUAAUAUAAAUGAUCCUGUGGUCUUUAUGUAUGUUCGCGGAAUCUUAGAAACCACUGUAGGGAUAAUAUUCUGUUUUCAGAUUUGCGGAAAAUACUAAAGGUAUUCAUACAAUUUACAAUUUUUUUUUUUCAAAGUAGUUAAGUCGGAAAAAUGUGCCUUCUAAAACAUUUCAUAUUUAAAGUUGUGCUAGAGAAUGUAAGAACUUCUAAAGAAAUAUUCGCACCAAUUCAAGGUCAUUUGGCUGUUAAUACAAUUCGUAUUUCUAGGACGGUCAGCAAAUAAAAUAACUCCUUCAGUUGCUAAAUAAAUUUUAUUGAACUUCAAAUUGCAAAGAAAUAACGUUAAUCUUUCGAUCAAUAUUUAAUGGCAUUUUUAUAUAAUAAUAGCAUAUUGUUGUAAUACUUGAAGUUUAAAAAAUACAAUACAAUAUGAAUGUUUGAUUUUGUUUAUUCGAUACUUAUAUUGUCUAAUCAUGAAAUCGCUUGAAAACUGUAAAUUAAAAUUAAACAAAUUUUAGGGAGAUCAUUGCGUCGUUUAAAUUCUAUACAUCUUUGUAAAUAUUCGAAAUUCCCAAACAUUGUUACAAUUAAAAUCAACAUCAUUCAAUAUAUAUUUGAAUAAAGAAUAUAAGAUUCAAAUAAAAAUAAUUCAACUGGCAACACUUAUGAGGCUACACAGAUUCCAAACGCGAACGCGCAUAGAUAUAUAAAAUGUCACAAUAAUUAUAUAAAAACUAUUUUUAUAAUCUGUAAAUUAUAACAUUUGUAAAUAUAGUGCACUAAGUUACCUGUUACUGAGCGUUAAUCGAGUCGAGAUUUGAAAGUGAAAUCCAUUGGUAGAAAUACUAGUCUUUAUAUCUGAUCUUUUAACAUUUAUCUUAAUUUACUUCAAUGGAUUUUACUUGUGGUCGAAUGGUUAAUCUAAUGCAGAAAUGCAAUGAUUGUAUUUAUUUUUUAUAACUGAUUAAUUGAUAUAUACAUUUUGUAAUGGUCUAAUUUUUUAUUUUUAUUAAAACGAUGUAAUAUGUUACUUGAUUUUGUAAAUAUUAAUUUCAGUUGUAUAUUUUAUCUGGCAAUACCUAUUUCUGUGUAGGAUUUUUUUUUUCUUAAUUUAAAAUCUAGGCAAUGAACUCCUUUUUCGGCCAUUAUUCAGAAAUUGACUUGAUUAAGCUUCCUUGAGGUGCCUUACCUUUUUUAUAAGUUUUAUAUAAUAUAUAAGUGUUUUAAUAUAUGUGCAAGUAAAAUACUCCAUAAUGUUAAUGAAUAUACCUGCGACUUUAUGUAAAUAUGUAUGAUGUAUAAAGAAUAAAU